AUGUUGGGGUUUGAAAUUGCAUUGGAGAAACAACAUAGGGAACAACGUCGUCUUGAUUAUCACACGAGGACUACCUUACCUAAAUGGUUGACCUAUAGCAAGUUGGAGAGGCACGCUUGUGAGGGCUGCCUGGACAUGUUCAAUGAAGGUGUCAAUGCAGAUGAAGAAGUUGACACAUAUUUAUUUGAACAUUUAGACAAAAGAGACGAGAAAAUAGCAGAGUAUAAGGUUGUUCGUCAUUUGAAGGAGUCGACCAUUGUUUGUAGUUGCAAUCACAUCGGUCGACAUGGUUAUUUAUGCAGACAUGUUUUUCAAGUAUUGUUAAACGCCGAUGUUGAAUCUAUACUUGAAAAAUACAUUUUGAGAAGAUGGAGACGCGACCUUAUGCCGAUUGAAUUACAAAAUAGUCGUCAAAGAAUAUACGACGUAGGCGAGGAUCAACGUAGAAUAAUAAAUGAUAUAUAUGACGCUUUCGAUGAUGUGUUGGACAUAUUAAGAGAUGCCAAAGAAAAACUAGAAUCAUUUGUGGCUACAAUUAAAGAAUUGAGGGAUGAUUUAGCCAAAGAACGUACAUAUGAACCUUCGAUGAAACGUAAAGAGCGUGGAAUAGAACAAAUCCUUGGUUUUCUAAGAACUGAUAACAUUGGGAUACAUCCUGCUACCGGUAUAAGGAACAAAAGUUGUGGUACGUCCAAAAGAUUGAUUGUUGCAGUUGAGAAAACAGUAGUGAAGAGUUUUCGGCCUAAGAGGAUGUGUAGCGGAUGCAAGUUGUUGUCUAAUCAUGAUAUCUGUAACUGUCUAGCGAAGAAAAAGUAG